AUGAACGCGCCAGAUAGGUUCGAGCUUUUCUUGCUCGGGGACGAUGAGAAGAAGAUCGAGGAGAAGGUGUACUCUGGCAUGUCGAACACAUCAGAUUUCAUCUUGAAGAAAGAGGAUCACACGCUUGGCAAUUUGCUGUCAGAGCACCUCAAGGCACACCCUCACGUCUACAUGGCCGGUUACAAAAACAUCUUUGUGGAAGUCUGCGGCAAGCUGAUCAACCAACUCGAAGAGCUGAAGAGGAGAUUCCUCACUGAGUGGGAGUUGCGUCGCGUCGUGGACCAAGGAGAGCAGGGCAACAUGAUGUGA